GACUCCCAAGUCAGUGGCUACAGCUUAGAUAUUUCCUGUCAGCAGCGCAGACAGAGCCGAGCCGAGGGCGGAGGAGAGGGAUGGCAGAGAACAGCUCCGAGCCGAGUAGCUCCGUUCACCGGAGAUGUCUGGCCCAUUCUCCGGCGGAGAGAAACAGCUCAUCCGGUGUCGGGUCAUCGAAAUGGAUCCGAUUAAACGUCGGCGGGACGUAUUUUUUAACAACGAGACAGACGCUGUGCCGAGAUCCAAAAUCAUUUCUGUAUAGGCUGAGCCAAGCUGACCCCGAGCUCGACUCCGACAAGGAUGAAACUGGUGCUUAUCUCAUAGACAGAGACCCCACAUACUUUGGGCCAGUGCUUAACUACUUGAGGCAUGGCAAACUGGUGCUCAACAGGGACCUGGCAGAGGAAGGUGUGCUAGAAGAAGCUGAAUUCUACAACAUCACAUCAUUAAUAAAGCUCAUCAAGGACAAGAUCAGGGACCGCGACUGUAAAACAUCACAGGUUCCGGUGAAGCAUGUGUAUCGGGUGCUGCAGUGCCAGGAGGAGGAGCUGACACAGAUGGUAUCCACCAUGUCUGACGGCUGGAAGUUUGAACAGCUGGUCAGCAUAGGCUCCUCUUACAACUACGGCAACGAAGACCAAGCUGAGUUCCUGUGUGUAGUCUCCAAGGAGCUGCACAAUCAAUCAUACGGGACCAACAGUGAGCCCAGUGAGAAGGCUAAGAUUCUUCAGGAAAGAGGUUCCCGGAUGUGAAGAGGACUUGCUAUUAUGAGGUCCAGGUGUUAUGAUGCAAACAUAUCAUCUUUGUGGAAGAACGUUUGGCACAAUGGAGAUUUAAAGGGGGGAGUGUGCAUUUAUUUUGUGUGUUCCCUCCAUUUUUGUUUUUAUUUCUUGAUGUAAAUAAGUCUGUUUACUGACAAUUUGUGCCUGUACAUUUAAACUGGACCUAUUUUUUGAAUUAGCGGCAAGUUUUUUUUUUUUUCUAAUUGAAAGUAAGGAAUUGCAAUCAUAUGUUUUAUGCUAUAAAUUAUGGCCAUCGUCAUAUAAGGCCAAUGAUUCACUCAGGGUCAUCUAUUGAGUUAAUCCUUAUAUCCUCUAGCUCAAGGCGUCUGGUAAGGGAUCAGUAGGGUUUUUAUAACUCAAAAGUAUCAAACUCAAAAUCAUUGUUUUGGGGUGUUAAGAAGGGAAUUGUGCAUUUAUUUAGCGCAUGUUAAAGAGUUACGCUGUUAAAAGUGAAAUUCUCCCCAAAAAACGAAUCGAUUAAAAUACUUUCCCCAAAGAAUUCAAACAGUUAAGCCGAGAUUUGUGAUCAUGAGGAUCCCAGCUAUACAACACACAUUUUCAGAUGCAUUUCAAACAAUAUACUUUACAUGGAAAAAACAUUUUCAGUAACUAUUCGCUUUCAGAAAAGGACACCUUCUCAGACCAGGAUGAAAACUAUGUGAACAAAAAUGGGGGGGCAUUAGGUAAUUUAUCAGGGCUUUUAUUUAUGGCGUGGAAGUGACCUGUAAUGAACAGAAAUAAGAGACCCAUUUUCACAUAGUCUAAGUAAGCUAACUUUAGAGAUACAUUAGAAAUAUCUGCCUAACAUGGCAAUGUACUUCUUUAUUCGCUUUCUUGGCUUGAGAAGAAAAAUGUGUUUCUAGUGAAGUUGCUUGUGGCACCGUGUACUCUGUCUCGUAACCUAAUUUCCCACAGAAUUGGCCAUUGUGUGCUGUUGGAUUAAGUAAUUAUUAUAUUUUUAGGAAGUCCACUUACCGGUUUUAUGGAUGGAAACCGGUAAGCAUUGGGCACACCUAUAACCACAAAUGUUCAUUCAAAAUGUUGCGUUUUAAACUUUCUAUCGAGUUUAAUCUGUCAGACAUUUUUCUUAACCUCUUAUUUAGUUUGAGACCUCAUGUUCAUAAGUCUAAAAUUAACUGCUAGAAAUAUCAAAGGUGUUGAAAUGUGAAUUCUGUUCUGCAGUGAUAUUUUUUAACAUCAUCCAACGACGUCCUGUUUCCUGUCAGGAAAAACAUCCUUGGGACAGUAGCGUCUUAAUUUUUUUUUCCCCACUGACUUCUGAGUUUUUCUUUACUAGUUUAUUUUGUGUUUGAGGGAACAUCUUGUUUGAUUAUGAUCUUUUUUGACAGGGAGUAUUUGUGGUGUGGGAAUGCAGUUUGAAAGCAGUGGUGAAGGACUUUCUGUUCAUAUCCAGAGGAUUUUGUUUUGAUGUAAAUAAUCUAAAUUUAAUAUUUAACUCUUUAAGAAAACUGCACGAUUUGUACACUGUAUAGAAAACACAACUUUGAAUGGAAGUUGUUUAUACUGGAUCUUUAAAAAUGAGAAUUUGACAAUGUUAACUUUUGUUUUGCAUUGUUUGUACAGGACUCUAGUUAGUCUAGACUUUCUGAGGUAGGGUUGAAACAGCUGAUGCUGAAUACAGCGUAUUUCACUGAGAACAUGCCUGGAACAUGUUUUGAUAACCAAUAACAAAGCUAUACUUGGCUGGCUACGAAGUUGACUGUUACAUUUAAAAACAAAUGUAUUUUUUCCUGCGUUGUGAUAGAUUCUUCUAAGUAUUUUGAAUUGUGUAGAUUUCGUACACAGCAUUACAAGCACUACAGUGGUAAACACUGCACAUUGCUUACAAGCCUGUAAUGUUGUUAAUGUAAAUACUGCAUUUUAGGACACUUUUUUUUUUUUUUUUUUUUUUUUUAAAUAGAAAUUUGUUUUCAGGUUUGAUGUGUGGUUUUGAUAGGUUGGAUAUUUCAUUCACAAAUAAUCAUUAAGUGUUGCCUUUUUCCCAAUGACCAAAAUCCAAUGUCUUAUGUGUAUCUUACACAUUAAUCUUAGUGUCAGGGAUGAGUAAACUUUUCUUAAUGCUGGCACACUUUGUACAUAUAGACUUGUUGACGACACACAAACCUCCAUUUACUCACAUGAACACGUAUACACUCGACUAAAACAAUUUUUAUAUCAUCGGGGAUACAAGUAUGGAUGCAUGUGUUUUUUUUUUGUUUGUUUUUUUUAAAUAUAGAUAAAAUAUAUACACACACACAAGGGCUUUUAAAGUGCAAAAUUUGACAUCUGCAAAGAGGUUCAAUCAAAGUAGACUGGAGUUCCUGCCAGAGCUAGGCUAUGUUUACAUUUGCUAUAGUAUUCUGAAGCCUUCCAAUUAUGUACUGUCUGUACUGCACUCCCUCACACACGUUAACAUUUGUCUGAAUUGUGUGACUGCACCAGUGGCAACUACCACUCCCCACUUCACAUGGACUAAUACUCACACAGCACUUGCUGACUGAUAAGACACUCCACCCAUUUCUGACAGCCUAUGCUUGAGCGUUGCAGACAAUCUUGCUUUGAGAUUCUCACUAUUUAAUAGAAUAAGACAUGCGUGCGUUGGCUCAGAGUAAAGAUUUAUUUGGGUCUUGUUCUGAGGCUUUUUUUUUUCUUUCUUUCUGCGAUGAGAUUUAAAGUGUUUUUAUGUUUUUGAUUUGCUUGGUUAAGUUGUAACCUCAGUUGAUAUACUCUGGUUUGAGGUGUUUAACCCCUCUAUUUUUAGCAGCUAUAUUACCAUUAAUUCGCUGUCUGGUUGAGCAUUUGGCAUUGAUAAUCAUUUCAUGUAAUGGACAAACUUAUCAAAUCUGUAGCCUAAUACUUAUAAGUGCCCAGUUUGUUUUGCAUUCAAGUCAUAAGCCACAGACCACUGUAAUGCAUGAUUGAAGAUUAUCACACUUGUAAUCGGAGAAUGAAUGUGUCAUUUUUCCUCAGUCUAGCAUAUACAUCAAUAAAUAAGGUUCUCAUAUCACUUCAUAGAUCACUUCUAUAUGAUCUUAUGCAAUGUUAAAAUAUACACAUUAAGUAUGAGGUUAAGGGGAUAGAUCUAUAUGGUCUUGCAUAAGGUAAACUCAAUAAAAUGUUGUAAUUCA